AUGUCAGAGAAUCACAGUUCCUGGAGGGUUUACAGUUAUAUGGAUAGUCAGAGAGACUACACCAGUCUGGGGUUUACAGUAUAUAAUGGACUAGUCAGAGAUACACCAGUCCUGGAGGUUACAGUAAUAAUGGGAUAGUCAGAGAUCACCAGUCUGGAGAGGGUUACAGUAUAUAAUGGAUAUUCAGAGAUACACCAGUCCUGGAGGUUACAGCUAUAAUGGAUAGUCAGAGAUACACCAGUCUGGAGGGUGACAGUAUAUAAUGGAUAGUCAGGAGUACACCAGUCCUGGAGGGUGACAGUCGAUAAUGGAUUAGUCAGAGAUCACCAGUCCAGGAGGGUACAGUAUAUAAUGGCUAGUGCAGAGAUACACAGUAAUGGAGGGUUACAGUAUAUAUGGAUAGUCAGAGAUCACCAGGCCUGAGAGGGGUUUCCCAGUAUAUAAUGGAUAGUCAGAGAUACAAAGUCAUGGAGGGGUAAGUAUAUAAUGGAUAGUUCAGAGAACACCAGUCCGGAGGGUUACGUAUAUAAUAGGAUAGUUCAGAGAUCACACCAGUCCUGGAGGGUUACAGUAAUAAUGCGAUUCGAGCUACAACCGUCCAGGAGGGUUCAGUAAUAAUGGAUAGUCAGAGAUACACCAGUCCGGGAGGGUACAGUAUAUAA